AUGUCGUCGUAUUACACAGCGACCCGUCCAGGUAAAAAGUUAGUAUUUACCUCAUUGCUGACGGGUCUUGGAGGCUCGUUCCAUUUCGGAUAUCAGAUUACUCUUACCAAUCCCGCACAGUUGGCCUUGACCAGUUUUGUGAAUCGGUCCUAUUCCGAUCAUUACGGAGUUGUUCUGGAAAAGUAUCAACUCGAUGUAAGUUUAGACAUCUAGCUUUUAAUGACGUCAUCUAGGCGUUAUGGAGUUUUAUCAUCGCGAUUCUUUUCGCCGGAGGCAUCAUCGGAUCUUUAAUUUUAAGAUUCUUUGCUGAUUGGCUGGGCCGAAAAAAAGGUUUACUGGUUUCUUUCUUCGGUAUUCUGGUGUCGUCGUUGCUGUCGAUAUGCGCUUUCCUUGUGGGUUUUUCUCUCCUUGUUUCUUCAAGUUUUAGAUUGACAGUUUUGAAGUGUAUGCAUUGUCAAGAUUUACUAUGGGUAUAUCGAUGUGUAUGGGAUUAGGAAUGAGUGGACUUUUUCUGACGGAGUGCAGGUAUAUUGGCUUUAUACAGUAUCAGUCUGUCGGGAAAAUAACGGCGGAUCGUUGCGCCUUGGAAUCGCCCAUCAUCGCAUUGCGACGGCUAGCCGCGGAUGGGGAUUGGUGCGCGACUACACCCUUUCUGCGACGAGGCGAAACGUUUUGCUGCGACGAACCGCCGUUAUUUUCCCGACGGACUGAUAUGUACCUCGAAAAUUUAUUCUUCAGUCCUAAAGCAUGCCGGGGUAUGAUUGGAAUGACUACUGGGAUCUUUGUCCAGCUUGGUUUAUUCACGGGAUCUCUGAUUGGAAUGCCGGAUAUCUUCGGUCGAUCUGACACUUGGUGGAUGAUUUACCUGGCUGAGACGUUGGUGGUGUCCGUAGUGAUGCUAUUGUUUACAUUCUUUCCUGAAAGCCCUUGGUAGGUGAUGUUAUAACCCUUGGAUUCGUUUAGUUAUUUAUUGUUCAAAGGAUACGAAGACUCUGCCCGAGAUUCUGUUAAAUUAUAUUACAAUUGUCCAGAUUACUUAGUGGACAAGAAUUUAAAGGAGAUCAAGGAGAAUAUGCAAGCUAACAUGAGAAAUGUUAACAUGAUAGAGGUCUUAAAAGAUCCUAGAACAAGACGAGCCACUCUGGUGGGAGCUACAACCGCUUUCGCCAUGACUUUUAGUGGAGUGGCAGUUAUUAACGCGUUCGCUGUUACCAUUCUGCGAGACACUGGGCUUUCUGUAUUUGAAGCCUCUAUAGCCAAUGCUGGGCUCUCUUUGCUCACAUUAGUAAGUCCGAAAUUUAUUUUUACUUUUCUUAGAUCGGAGCUUUAUUCUCUGCCUCAAUUAUUGACAAGUACGGCAGACGGCCCUUACUUCUUAAUACCGUAUUCUUAAUUGUCAUCAUCAAUAUUUUAAUAUUUGCGUUUAUGCGAGCAUACAACGUUUAUCAAGCCCCAUGGAUCGGAUAUUGUCUGAUAUUUGCGAUUUCCGUUUUCCUCGUGGCGUUUACUGUCGGUCCUGGUCCUUUAUGUUACUUUAUUACAUCAGAAAUGAUUGUCCAGCAUGCCAGGUCAGCAGGACAGAGUUGGGCCGCCUUUGUUCAAAUGUCUUGGUAAGCGCUGUAAUUGUUUAUAAAUACGUUUAUUCUAUGUUUAGUCGAACCUUGAUCUUGGUGAUUUAUUUGCCUCUGAGUAAUGCCAUUGGCUCAGAUUAUUCUUAUCUCGUUUUGUUUGUCCUCCCAAUGGCCUAUUGCUUCGUAUUCUUUUAUUAUUUCCUUCCGGAGACCAAGAACCGUAAUCUUCUAGAAGUUGAAGAAGAAAUUGUCAAUCUCCCGAGACUUCCCUUUUCUCGUCGACAAACUUAUUCUACAGAUGAAGCACAAGAUCAGUACGACCGGCGAGAUCUGAGACAAGUCUUUUAA